GUGAGCUCGUUGUUCUCUGCUGCCUGGCUGCAGCGCGGGAGGCUCGCGGACCAAAACAACUCCUCUUCCUCCUCGCGGACCAUGGACGGGAAUCAGCGUUCAGCUCGUCUCUCAGCUGCCCUGCGAACAUGAGCACCUCCAACCUGUCCACAGUGGAUGGCACUGAUAGGCUGUGUGUUUCUGAGCGCGCUCAGUGCGUCCCAUCACGGGUCCUUCACCUGCGUCAGCUUCCUGCUGACAUCUCUGAACAGGAAGUGCUCUCUCUGGCUCUACCCUUCGGCCGAGUUAGUAAACUGAUCACGCUGAAAACCAAACACCAGGCGUUUUUAGAGAUGGCAUCAGAGGAAGCAGCUGUCACCAUGGUGAACUACUACACCUCAGCCACGCCCACUGUCAGGAACCAGCCAAUCUUCAUUCAGUACUCCACCCACCGCGAGCUCAAGACAGACAAUCAGAGAGCUCAGGCUUCACUGCAGGCCAUCAGCGCAGCAGCAGUGCAUUCUGGGAGCAUGAUGUCGGCAGGGGAAGGGCGGGGUUUGGCCCCGGGUCAGAGUCCCGUCCUGAGGAUCAUCGUAGAGAAUUUAUUUUACCCGGUGACGCUGGAGGUGCUGCAGCAGAUCUUCAGUAAGUUCGGCUCAGUGCUGAAGAUCAUCACAUUCACCAGAAACAAUCAGUUUCAGGCUCUGCUGCAGUUCAGUGACGCCGUGCACGCUCAGCACGCCAAGGCCUCUCUGGACGGUCAGAACAUUUAUAAUGGCUGCUGCACACUGAGGAUCGACUUCUCCAAACUGAGCGCGCUCAACGUCAAAUACAACAACGACAAGAGUCGAGACUUCACCAGAGCCGACCUACCGACGGGAGAGCUGGAGCCUGCCGCCGCGUUUGGUGUAGCUCUCCCUCCAUACGGGGCAGCAGCUUUCCCGCCCACCUUCCACCAGCACACAGGUCUGUCCAUGGCGGCCGUCCCCGGCUCGUUGGUGUCCCCCCCUCGUGUCUCGCUCCAGGUGGUGCCCCCUGCCGUCCACUCAGUGCUGCUGGUGUCCAACCUGAAUCCAGAGAGCGUGUCUCCUCACUGCCUCUUCAUCCUGUUUGGUGUUUAUGGCGACGUUCAGAGAGUGAAAAUCCUCUUCAAUAAGAAAGAAAAUGCUCUCGUUCAGAUGAGCGACGCCACUCAGGCUCAGCUCGCAAUGAGUCACCUGAACGGCCAGCGUCUCCAUGGUAACGUGAUUCGAGUGACAUUGUCCAAACACCCAGUGGUGCAGCUGCCUCGUGGGGGGGCGGGGCAAGAGGAGCAGGCGCUGACUCGGGACUUCUCAGGCUCUGCCCUCCACCGCUUCAAAAAACCUGGAUCCAAAAACUUUAACAACAUUUUCCCUCCGUCGGCGACGCUGCACCUCUCCAACAUCCCCUCCUCGGUCAGUGAGGAGGUGUUGAAGGAUUUAUUUUCCUCCAGUGGAUUCACCGUCAAAGGCUUCAAGUUUUUCCAGAAGGAUAGGAAGAUGGCUCUGAUGCAGUUGGCGUCAGUGGAGGAGGCCAUCGAGGCUCUGAUCGCACUGCACGACCACCAGCUGGACCACAACCAGCACCUCCGAGUCUCCUUCUCCAAGUCCACCAUCUGACCUUUGACCCUGGAACUCCUCACAGAUAAAUGUGAAGCAGAUCAGCUGACCUCGGCAAGUGGCCCUGGACUUUCAGCAGUGUUACCUUAGCUAUUAGCCUGUUUGCUUCAAGUUUAGUAUGAGGGUUGAGAAUGAUUCAGAUUAACAUAAAUUUAGGUUUGAAUGACACAAGGCGGCCAUGUUUAAUAGGCCUCCUCCUGAAGAUGUGGGAGCUCUGAGCUUUGCAGGAAUCUUCGACCCAUAUUUACAAGUUGGUAACUUCUGAUUGCAGCAGCUCCCACGGGACACAACACGGCGAUAUCCGGUUAGCUUUGAGUUUAGUCAGCUGUUAGCCACCAGUUUAGCAGCAGCAGCAGCUUUUAGCUUGUCAGCUUUGAAUUUAGCUACAGUACUAAGUUUACGUUAAAGUCAGCAUUUCUUGAGCUGGACUGUGUUAAUCCACAGAGUUAGUUUAAUGUUUGACGCGUUGUUCGAUCCUUUAACGUAACUUAGAAAAACAGAUGCUAAAUUUAAAUCUCAGUAUUGGACAGAAAAAUGACAUUCAAAUAUUUUUCCAGCUCUUUCCGACUUACUGCAGCUAACUGCAUAAAUGCUACCUAGCAUGGAGGCUAAAGGCUAACACACUAAUAGCUAACUAACGUCUGAUAGCUCGUUAGCGUCAGUGCUGAAGUUGCUGGGCCUCUGACCUCGGAGUCUCUGAUGUCACACACUUUCUGGACAUUUUGACCUUUUUCCCCUCCAGCCCUGUCAUCUGACCUUUGACCUUUGAAGGUGACUAACCAAUCAGAUGUCCAGGAUUCUGAUUGGCUCACGGUGGGAACAAACAGACCAAUGGGAGAGCCCCAACACAUCAACGAUCUGUGCCUACAAACACUCGCAGACAUCACAGUAACGGAUGAUGUCACAAUGAGGGGUCAUCGCCAUGGUUACACUGGUUACAGAGCACAUUCCUGAGAGGACUGAGAGCUAAGUACCAAUGCAUUGUGGGUAGUGGAGUCCAACAAGGAGUUAAUGAGUGAGUUGAACUGUAUUUGUCUAAAUGUUAAAUCAAUGUGAUGCAGAAAAAAAAUCAGGAAAAAUAAAAUCUGCCUUUUCUUAAAAUUCCAAAUAACGGAAAGAUUCAAAUUUUCCAUGUAGUUUAUUUUGUAUUCCCAGUUCCUCAGCAUGGACGCAGAUUCAGUCGUGUAAACUGUAAUUACUGAACUUAUUUAUUUACUUUAGUUUCACUAACUUUCACAAACUUUUUUUAUGAUUUUUGUGCCUUUCCAUCGGCGCUUCAUGCUGCCAUCUGAUUGGUUGAUUAUCAUCAUUAUUAUGAUUUUAGAAUUUAGCCGCCUGUGAUCUCAACAAACCUUCUUCUGUGCCUUAUUUUUCUGCUGGUUUUUGGUUUUUAAACGGUGGUCGGGUGAGUUUCAGUCGCAGGUCGUGUUGAUCUGACUUUCAUGUUUUUUGUAGAAUUUUUUCACCUAGUUAAAAAUAUUUUUUGUUACAUGUUUUAUUGUUGGUAUAUAUUUUUGGGAAGGUUUUAUAAUCAUGAAUGUAUUUAUACUGUAAACGUGAACUAGAUAAUGCUUUCAACGUCCCGCCCACCUGCGUAUCUGUGUAUUUAUAUAUGUGUGUGUGUGUGUGUGUGUAAAUGAGUGUCAAACUGAGCUGUGAUUUGUUCUUUGUUCUUUUUCCUAUUAAAAUAUAUUUAAUUCAAAUUCA